AUGGCGCCAACGAUCGAACAAGGUUCUGAUCUGCGUUGCGAGUCUUUUCGUCUAGGUCCCUUUGUCGUUCCUCGUGUCUGGACAGGACUUUGGCAGCUCUCUAGCAAUGCAUGGGGGAGCGCCCCCGUCGCGAAAGUCCGCCAAGGGAUGGCCCGUCAUGUUAGGCUGGGAUAUACGGCCUUUGGUGACCUUUCAAUUCUCGGUCCUACGAUCAUCGUAUCUAAUCAGCAUCAUAGAUAUGGUGCGGUUUCUGUUAUCAGACGUGGUGUAAAUUGUCUGAAUUCUUUGCGUACUCUUCCCGAUUCCACUAUUAGGGUGAGUAAAGCCGAUCAUUAUGGGAGCGCAGAGAUAAUUUUCGGUCAGUUUAGGGAAUCAUUACCUCCAGCGGAGAAAGUCGUCGGAGCAACGAAGUGGUGUGUAUUUAAGCACAUCAAUCCCUCACGUUCGGUUGUUUUGGCCGCAGUCCAGGAGCGUAUGGAACGCAUGAGGACGAAUCGCGUCGAUUUGCUCCAGUUUCAUUGGCAAGAUUAUUCGGACAAGGGAUACUUAACGGCGUUGAAUGAACUUCACGUUUUGAAAGAAGAGGGCCUUAUCUCUGCGAUCGGCUUGUGCAAUUUUGAUGCAAUCAGAACAGAUGAAAUCUGCACUGUGUUGGGUCGUGGUGCCAUCGUCUCAAACCAGGUACAAGUGGGUCCUAAUUUUUCGCAUUCCAGCGGCAAUCGAUUACACAGCCUCUUGCAGUUUUCAGUCAUAGAUACCCGCCCGCUGCACGGAAUGUCGGACGUCUGCGAGAGGCAUGAUCUCAAGUUACUAACAUACGGUACCUUGUGUGGCGGAUUCUUAGGCGACAAAUGGCUUGGCGCACCAGAACCGGACUUAUAUUCCGGAAAUCUUACACCAUCCCAAAGAAAGUACCUCGACAUGAUCGUGAAAGCUUGGGGUUCUUGGGAGCUCUUCCAAGAAUUGCUCGUAAUUUUACAUCGUAUCGGACAUCAGCAUGACGGAAGAAGCAUUGCUAACGUUGCUACUCGGUGGGUAUUGGAUCAUCGUUUCGUUGGUGCGGUUAUUAUCGGAGCACGGCUCGGCCUUUCUGAACAUCCAGAUGAGAAUCGAAGAGUCUUCGGAUUUACACUGACAGAAGAAGACAAUCAAGAUAUAGAAGUUGUGCUUGCGAAGUCCAACGGUCGAAGACUCAUCACAACUAUCGGAGACUGUGGGGCAGAAUAUCGGUGA